AUGGACGCCCACAAUACCCCCAGACGAUCUCGCCGAAACAGACCGUCUCGAGCUCGUGGCUUGAGGACUUCGACAGGCUGUCUCACUUGCAGAAAGAGACGCGUCAAGUGUGAUGAAGGCAAGCCCAGAUGUGUCCAGUGCUCCAAAUCAGAUCGGGAUUGUCGCUAUGCCCAGCCGAGCGACUCAGGCCAAGCGGACCAGGAUGUCUCCGAGGCAGCCGGGUUGCGCGACGAUAUAGUACAUGAAGCAUCUUGCAGCGGGAACAGUCCGAGCGCCACUCAAGGUACAGAAGAUGCUGAGAAUCGGCCCAGUAUCGAGAAAGGCUACCAGGAUACCUUCGCCGGGGUUCCCACUGAGGCCUCCGUGACAUUCCGGCUCCAUAACUCCAUCGACAUACCCCAAGAUAAUCAUCCAGAGACGAGUAGUGGUGAUGGAGAUCUACCAAACAUAGACUUUGCGUUUGCUGCCUCUCCAUUAGCCAGGAGCCAGGUCUCACUGCUCAACAUCUCGCCGUUUGAAUGGUACGAUCUACUAGCGCAGGAUGCCAUCUCCCAGAUUCAGCGAUGGAACGAUACCUCAAAUGGUGAACCACGAUGGAACUUUGACGAGCGCACGUUAUCUCGCCGGCAGUCACCAGCCCCAAUAUCUACGGACGCCGACUCUCAUGCCCAUCAUCGUCACGAUGAUAUUCUCGGGGCUUCUUUGGUCGAUCAUGGCCUGGCGGACAAACCAUGGAAUACGGCCACGAGCAUAGAGCUAUCGUCAGAAGACCUCGGUUUCUUUCGCUAUUACACUGAGAUCGUUGGGCCGAUCCUCGAUCUAUUUGACCAAGGGCGUCACUUCACUAAUAUAGUGCCUCAUCUCGCGCUGCGCAAUUCGGGACUGUUGAAGGCCAUACUUGCGGUUGCGGCCAAGCACAUGUCUCUUGGCCUCAAAACCAGGCAUCCGCAUAAUGAUGGCGGAAACUCGGGCGAGGACAGCUCUUCAUCACCAGAAGCAAUAAACGGUGGCCAAUCACAGGAUCGCGGCCAGACUCCAGCGCAUAUGGCCACCCAAUACUACUACGAGACCCUCCAGUAUCUCUCACAGACCCUACUCUAUCCCUCUUAUGCCAAAUCUCAUGAGAUCUUAGCCACAGCUAUCAUGAUUAGCACGUACGAGAUGUUUGACGCUGACGGAACCUCAACAAGCGGCAACUGGGAACGCCACUUGCGAGGCGCAUUCUGGAUACAGCGCUCCCAGGAUAACGACGGCGAGUCCAUUGACGGAUUGAGACGGGCCGUGUGGUGGGCGUGGCUUAGGCAAGACAUAUGGGCCGCAUUCCGGGCAGGGAGGCCAACUCUCACGAUAUGGAGACCCUGGAAGAGACUCGAGGAUCUUGAUUCUGAUGAGCUCGCCACGAGAAUGGUCUACAUCUGUGCCAAGUGCGUCGAGUUUGCUGCUCUGGACAAGACUGCGCCUGACCAAGAUAUACGACAAAGGAUUGAACAUGGCAACAGACUUCUUCAAGCGCUAGAAGACUGGCAUCGUGUCCUUCCUAGCUCAUACAAACCAGUCACAGUCGCAACAAAACCCAAUCAAACAUCCUCAACACCCAAAUCUCAGACAAAGUUCCAGCCUAUAUGGUUUCAUCCGCCCAACCACGCCGGCGCGAUGCAAAUGUACCAUUUUGCCAAAGCUGUUGUUCUGCUGAACCAGCCCACGACUGGCGGCCUCAACGCAUACCGUCAGCGUCAGAAGUGUCUCAACGAAAGCCUUCACAUGGUCUGCGGCAUUGCCAACGCUUGUCGAGAGGGGGAACCUGCUAUGGCGUUUGUCAAUGUCCAGGCCAUAUUUGCUGUCGGUCAGUGCGUCCAGAUGCCAGAGAAGCAGGCCGAACUACUCGAUACGUUGGACAGAAUGUUGGAGAUUAGCAAGUUUCCCGCUUCAGGGCUUGUGGAGGAGCUAAAGAGCGUUUGGCAGGAAUAA